AUGUUGAGUCUGUGGAAAACGAAAGAUGUGAACUGUGCUCGCGAUCAGAUGUAUGUGAUGGAGCGGAAGGAAGAUGGUGUUCCACUAUGUGAGCAUAGAGGAAGAGGAGCCUGGAUCAGCGGAGCUUGGAAGGACGCAGCCAAAGAAAUUGAAUCUCCGAAGCGAUCAUCGUGCUUUCAUUGCCGUCCCCUCGUUAAUUCGCCGUUCUCACACGACCGCUCCCGGCAAGACAGCGUGGUUCUCCCUGCUUUACUUCGCUGUCGUGAUGGAGCCUAUGUCCGCAAUCGCAUCGCCACAUCGAAAGACCUCAUGCACCCAACCAGACAGAGAAAGGGCUCGCAAAUGUCAUAG